CUUUUGCUGAUGAUACUUUAUACUUUUCCCCCCAGUUUCCACCUACGCUAAGUCAAUUUUAAUGUUAGCAAUGAUUUGAACUAGCGCUUACCGUCAGGAGUUUAACGUUAGUCGACCUAGCGAACACCUGACCACCAUUUAACGCGCCCCGUGCUCAGUAUUUGCUUCAAAAUGUUUCCAAGGAAGCCCCGCCGCAAGGCAGACACACCUUUGAAGGCGCCCCUGGCAUACGGUCGGGGAAGCCUGAAAUCAAGAAAGCACCAAGCAAUACCAGAACAUGAGCCUCUAAGCAACACCGUUGAACAAAGUGAUUACGCACGGGUGAGUACUUUGAUUAUAUUUCUAUAUUACAUUCGGGGUCAUUUUGUAACUUGGCCUUUUGCAUCCAAAAACGUCAAGCAUAUGGAAUCCAUUUUGAAUCCUUACAGAGGUACAUGUGUACAAAAAACAUUUCUCCUGGUGGGAGGAUGCCAUGUUGUCUUUUUAUCCCUGCAGAUCAGUAGUAGGCAUGUGCAAUUCAAAUCCAAGUUUCAGCCAAGAUCCACCAACGGCAUCUGGCCUCUAUCGUCACCACCAUCAGCAGCAGCAGCAGCAGCAGCAGGAGAAGCUGAGAGGGUCGGCCGUGACAUUUCGGGUCAUCCCAUGGGUCAGGCGAGGCCAAGCCCACUUCAAACAGGGAUGACACCAGUUGAGAACUCAAGUGACUCCUCAGAUCACGAUGACAUGUGGGACUUCUCAUCCUCCAGCAGUGAUCCUUCCCCAGAGAUCUUCAGGGAUGACAGUGAUACUAGUACCUUUGAUUUCUCCGGAGAAGCCGACCCGCUGGACACGCAGCGGCACAUGCAGCGGCCUUGCUCCUCCACCUUGCUGAGCAGCAGCCACGCCGAGAACAUCGCCAGACACCAGCCUCCCAAUGUCUCCGCCAUCCUCGACAAACCCUCGGAGGGGACAUCCUUGAAAUCUGCCGUCGCCAAGAGGCCCAUAUCCUACAGGAAGGCACAACCCUUCAAAACCCCUCUGGUUCCCUCAAGGCCGCGCGAGAAGCCGAAUUUCUCUCCACCCAUGGUUUUCCAGUACUCCGACAGAGAGGAGUUCUUCCGGCAAGUCCGCGAACGUGCCGACCGACUCAAAAGUUUUCGCCUGUCUUUACGACCCUCUGUCCCGUGAUGCAAAAUAUCUCGUUGCACUCUUUUGGAGCAGCCCAUUUUAAAAAAGGUGACCUGCAACUGGUGAGAAUUUAAAUUCACCUCUAGGUGAAAUUAACUGUUAUAUAGAUUAUUUUCAGAUAAUACCUCUUUUUAGGUUUAUGCUGCUUAAUGGCCACUAGAUGUCAGACAUGGAACUAUCUAACAAGUUUUUUUGUCGCUGUUCCAUAUGUGCCAUGUAUUUAAAUAAAUACAUGUCAUUUUGUUGUUUUAUUUACUCCUGGACAGGGGCUCCGUCCAAAGCAAUGCAAGUUACCUCGAUUCCAAGAAAAUUGUUAAAAAUAAGUUUGUAUGUGUUCUUUUCAUUCGUUGACUCCAAAGUUGCUCUUUGAUGGAGUUCUGUUAAU